CGGCGUAGACAUGGCGGCUGUGGGAGCUGGUCUUCCUCUUCGCUUUGACGGGAAGGUGGCCCUGGUGACAGGAGCAGGAGGAGGUUUGGGAAGAACAUAUGCACUGUUAUUUGCAGAAAGAGGAGCUUCUGUGGUUGUAAAUGACCUUGGAGGUAACAUCAAAGGAGAAGGCAAAAGCUCCUCUGCUGCUGACAGAGUGGUGGAAGAGAUCAGGGCAAAAGGCGGCAAAGCUGUGUCUAACUAUGAUUCUGUGGAAGAAGGUGAAAAGAUUGUUCAGACUGCUUUGGAUACAUACGGAAGAAUAGAUAUUGUUGUUAACAAUGCUGGGAUUUUAAGAGAUCGUUCUUUUGCAAGAACAAGUGACUUGGAUUGGGAUUUAAUUCAUAGAGUUCAUUUGAGGGGCUCAUUCAAGGUCACAAGAGCUGCAUGGAAUCACAUGAAGAAUCAAAAGUAUGGCAGAAUUAUUAUGACUGCAUCAUCUUCUGGAAUAUAUGGCAAUUUUGGGCAAGCAAAUUACAGUGCUGCAAAACUUGGAUUGUUGGGUCUAUCAAAUACUCUCGCGAUUGAGGGUCAAAAGUAUAAUAUCCAGUGUAAUACUAUUGCGCCAACAGCUGGUUCCAGAUUGACUCAGACUGUUCUGCCUCAAGAAUUAGUGGAUGCUUUGAAACCUGAGUUUGUGGCUCCCUUGGUGAUUUGGUUAUGUCAUGAAAAAUGUGAAGAAAAUGGCAGUUUAUUUGAGGUGGGCGCUGGCUGGAUUGGCAAACUGCGUUGGGAACGAACAUUGGGUGCUACAGUAAGGCAGAAAGAUCAGGAAAUGACACCUGAGGCAGUUCGUGACAGCUGGGACCAAAUUUGUGACUUUGAGAAUGCUACUAAACCUAAAAGCAACAGAGAAUCAAUUAGCACUCUUUAUGAAGUACUGAACAAAUUAAACACAGGACGAGGAGUGUCAGCAAAUCCAACUAGUGGCUCAAAACAAACAAGUACUUCAGGCAUCAAUCCAGCUGAAGCUAUAGGUAAAAAAAUUCCUUUCACUGAAUAUACAUACACCUAUCUGGAACCUAUUCUGUAUGCUUUGGGAGUUGGCAUGACCACAAAGGAUCCAGACCAUUUGAAAUUCCUUUUCGAAAGAAAUGAAGAAUUUUCCUGUUUGCCUACUUUUGGGGUAAUUCCUGCCCAAGGUUUCAUGAACGGUGCUCUUGCAUCAAUUCCUGGGCUGAACUUUGACUUCACAAAGGUAUUACAUGGUGAACAAUAUUUGGAGAUAUAUAAACCGGUGCCAACUUCAGGGACACUGAAGUCCGAGGGUAUUGUUGCUGAUAUUCUUGACAAAGGAUCAGGUGCUGUUAUACUACUUGAUGUUAAUACAUACAAUGGGAAAGACUUGGUCUGCUAUAAUCAGUUCUCUAUAUUUGUUGUGGGAGCUGGAGGCUUUGGUGGUAAAAGGAGAUCUGAUAAAGUUAAGGUUACUAUGAAUCCUCCCAACAGACCUCCAGAUGUUGUCAUGAGUGACGUAACAAGCAUAAAUCAGGCUGCACUGUACCGGCUGAACGGAGACUGGAACCCCUUGCACAUUGACCCAAGUUUUGCUGCUUUUGGAGGGUUCAAAAAACCAAUUCUGCAUGGGUUGUGUUCCAUGGGAUUUGCAGCACGGCAUGUCUUGAAACAGUAUGCAAAUAAUGAUGUGACAAAAUUCAAAGCUAUUAAGGUUCGUUUUGCAAAACCAGUUAUUCCUGGACAAACAUUAGAAACUGAAAUGUGGAAAAAUGGCAAUCUUAUCCAUCUUCAGUCUAAGGUCAAAGAAAGUAAUGAGGUUGUCCUUGCAGGAGCCUAUGUUGUUCUGGAGGAGACUAUUUAUAAAGCCGAAAAUAAUGACAUUGGCAUGAGCGGGGAGCUCCAAAGUGACCUUGUAUUUGCAGAAAUCAGUUCUCGCAUUAAGGAUAUUGGCAAGGAGAUGGUGAAAAAGGUGAAUGCCAUCUUCCAAUGGGAUAUCACUAAAGACGGAAAGAUGGCUGUACAAUGGACUAUUGACUUGAAGAAUGGUUCUGGAGAACUGUACAAGGGAGCAGCACGGCAUCGGGCUGACGCUAUUUUUACACUCUCUGAUGAAGACUUCAUUCAAGUGGUAUCAGGAAAGCUUAAUCCACAAAAGGCUUUCUUUGCAGGCAAGCUGAAAGUUAUGGGGAACAUCAUGCUUAGCCAGAAACUUGAAAUGAUCCUCAAAGAUUACGCAAAACUAUGAAAGAAUAAGAUUAUUAUUUCUGAAUACAUUCGUUUUGAUCACAGAAUCAACUAAAGAGCUUUGGACUGACAUCAUAACAAUUGCUGCUUAAAAUUAUGAAAUUAUAUGAUUUCUUAAAUUUUGUUUGAUGUAUAGCUAACUAAAAUAAUCUCAAUUUUAAUGUACCUUUUAUUGUUGAAAGUUAUAAAGCAUAAACCUCUAUCGUCAUCACAGUAACUCUUGCUUUAUCCUGGAAUGUAGCAUUGUUGUUUACUUUUGGACCAUAAGUAAGAUGUCAACUCUUUCCUUGGUUAAUAUCUUUUUUAAGAUAACAGCUGUGUUAGCCACAAUGUCCCAAACAAAUACAAAUCCAACCAUGUUGGGAUACGUUCCCUUAAAAACAUUGCCAUUCUUGAGGAGUGGACAUUCGAAGAAGGUUACCGAUUUACAUCCAAACUUGAAGUAGAUGCUGGAUUUGAAUACUCAGAAUGCAUUUAUUGUUAGUUGAAGUAUCAUUUUUAUAUUUUAGACAAUUUUUCUAAUUUGGAGAGAAACAUUGCAACUGCCAAGUAUGUCUGUCUUCCGUCCUUCCAAGUAACAGAUUAAACCUGAUCAUCUUUCUCUUUGCUUGUUAAAGUUCAUGAAAAAUUAGAGGUUGACUAUUUUCCUGAUAUGAAUGUACUAGUUGAAACUUGCCUGUACUAAAUUCAUUGGAAAUAAGUAAUGUUCCAGUCUUAAUAAAGUUCACAUACCAAGGA